AUGCCUGAGCCCAACAAUAAACUCAGUCAUCUUCAUCUCCCGGGACGGAUACAACAGGCCAAAAACAGGAACAGUGGAGUUGCUGCCCUGUCAGAUGCAGGAGACACCAUUCCACCACCGCCCAUAGUUCACGUCGAGUUUUUCACAAAUGAGAAAUCAAUCAAAGAGAGGCUUCAGUUAUAUUUUAUCAAAAAUCAGCGUUCAAGUCUUCGUAUUCGAAUUUUUAACUUAGUGAUCAAGUUACUGUCCUGUGUCUUCUACGUUGUCAGGGUUGUUUUUGACGACUCUUAU